CGUCAGCAGAAGGCCCCGGCGCGGUGCGUACCGUAACAUUCCAUUGAGAAGAAGAGGGAAAGAUGGCGUCCUCUAACAAUCCUCGCAAAUUUAGCGAAAAAAUCGCUUUGCAUAAUCAGAAACAGGCGGAGGAGACUGCGGCGUUCGAAGAAGUGAUGAAAGACCUGAACAUCACCAGAGCUGCGCGGUUGCAGUUACAGAAGACCCAGUAUUUGCAACUAGGGCAGAAUCGUGGACAGUACUAUGGAGGCUCACUGCCCAAUGUCAAUCAGAUUGGAAAUGGCAACAUUGACCUGCCUUUUCAGAACUCGGUGCUGGAUACCAGUCGGACUACCAGGCACCACGGGCUGGUGGAGCGGGUUUACCGUGACCGGAACCGCAUCACGUCUCCUCACCGCCGGCCGCUGUCAGUCGACAAACAUGGACGCCAAAUUGACAGCUGUCCUUACAGCUCAGUUUACCUCUCCCCACCGCCAGACACUAGCUGGAGAAGGACAAAUUCGGACUCUGCCUUACACCAGAGCGCCAUGAAUCCGAAGCCCCAGGAGGUGUUUGCAGGGGGAUCACAAGAGCUGCAGCCUAAACGAGUACUGCUGCUAACAGUGCCUGGGACAGAGAAUUCAGAGCCAAAUGCAGACAAGGAUGCACAGAAACAGUUGUGGGAUGACAAGAAGGAUGAUUCGUCAAAGCCCAACACAUGUGAUGUCCCAGGAAUCAAUAUAUUUCCAUCACCGGACCAGGAGUUGAACCCAUCCGUGCUCCCCGCUGCACAUAACACCGGCGGGUCGCUACCCGACCUGACUAACAUCCAGUUCCCUCCUCCGCUGUCCACCCCCCUGGACCCCGAGGACACCGUGGCCUUCCCAUCUCUCAGCUCUGCCAACAGCACGGGCAGCCUGACCACCAACCUCACCCACCUGGGCAUCAGUGCUGCCAGCCACGGGAUCCCCACCUCCUCUCAGCCCACUAUGACUGUCACAGCACAGCGCCGGCAGCCACCCGUGGUGCCACUGACUUUAACCUCUGACCUCCAUCUUCAACAGUCCCCACAGCAGCUCUCACCCACCCUCACCUCACCCGUUAACAUUACACAGGCUGUGCCGACAGAAACACUGACCCUGGAGCAGCAGCUUUCCCAGUAUCCCCUGUUCAACCAGCUGACCGCCCAGGCCCAGGCUCAGCUGCUCAGUGACCUCCAGAAGCAGCAGGCUCUGCCGCAGGGCAUCCAGCUCAUCACCUUGCCAACUCUGGCCUCCACUGGCACACCCAGCGCUACUGCCAGCAGCCCCUCUCCAGACAGCCAGACCACCGCCAGCAUCAGUGUCAGCUCGUACCGCAAUCAGACUGGCUCACCAGCCACUCAGUCUCCAACCUCCCCAGUCUCCAAUCAAGGCUUCUCCCCCGGAGGCUCGCCUCAACACAUUCCUGUGGUGGGCAGUAUAUUCGGAGACUCCUUUUAUGAUCAGCAGCUGGCAUCGAGGCAGACCAAUGCUCUCUCUCACCAGCUGGAGCAGUUCAACAUGAUCGAAAGCCCGAUCAGCUCCAACAGCCUUUACAACCAGUGUUCCACACUCAACUACACACAGGCAGCCAUGAUGGGCCUCACUGGGAGCAGCCUACAGGACUCUCAGCAGCUUGGCUACAGUAGCCAUGGCAACAUCCCCAACAUCAUCCUAACAGUCACAGGUGAGUCUCCGCCAAGCCUCUCCAAAGAGCUGACCAACUCUCUGGCGGGCGUUGGUGACGUCAGCUUCGACGCAGACUCACAGUUUCCUCUGGAUGAGCUGAAGAUCGACCCGCUCACCCUGGACGGACUGCACAUGCUCAAUGACCCCGACAUGGUGCUCGCCGACCCCGCCACCGAGGACACGUUCAGGAUGGACAGGCUGUAACGCAAGAUGCUGACUGUGGCCUGGAACAAAGAGAAAGAAAACCACACUAACUUGUGAACGGAGAGAAACAAAGGGCAGGAUGAACCCUCUCCCUCGUUGCAUGGCCGUCCAGCUGUCCGACCUCGCCCUCGACUCCGUGAAGCCCUUUGAAACGAUGCGCCACCAAAAGACAACAGGGAAAAAGACAUCCAGUGGCUUGCCGGGGAAUGGCCUCGCUGUCGUUUUGAAUGAGAUUGGUUGCUCAGCGCUUUCGCUAGCCUACUGUGUUUACAGUGUACCAUUACAUGCCACCUAUAUUCCAAAAACGCACAUUUGAGAGUUUUUUCUUUCUUUUCAUAUCCAUUUUAAUAUUGUUUUGUUGAUAUUUGCUUGUAGCAGGAAGCUACUAGGACAUUGGGCUAAACCGUACCCGUUACAACUGGCUGUGUAUAAAAAAAAAAAAAAAGGAAGAAGAAGAAGAUGAAAAACACAGCUGGUUUGCUCGUACCCUGCAAUGAAGUGAAUCGGUUUUCCCAUCAUGCCAUUAUGGCUUUCUGUUUCGCACUCAAAGCUUUAUUUUUGACAACCAAAUGUUAUUUUCAUCAUGUACUGAAUGUUUUUAUGCUUCAUGUAUUUAUAUGUUCUAUUUAUUUAUUUGGUUAAAGAUUUUAUAUUCCAUUUCAUAAUUUAAAUUUGAUGCCAAAAUGCUCUCUGUAGGCAUAGUGUAAAAUUGCACUGAUGUAAUCUGUGUCUAUUUAUUAAUUACUAACAUAUUUAUAUAUGUGUUUGUUAAGCUACUUGGUUAAUGAAGGAGUGCAAAACCUCCCCAUAGUUGCUCUUUGCUGUUCAAUGUGCCAUUCUCUGAUAUAGGAUAUGGUCAACGUUGCUAUGCUGCAGCCCAACAGUCAAAUCUAAAUAUCAUAGUUUUUAGCACGGCUCCACAAAAUGUUGCGUGCUCCAGAAAUAGGUUGGUUUCAUGCCACUUGAGUUAACUUUUUUUUGAGGAAUCUCAUCAGGUAUUUCUAUUUAACUAGAACGCAAGAGAAAUGCGUCCAAAUUCAUUUUCUGCCAGUGAAAAGCCAAUACAUAUUUAUCUCUCUCUAUAUAUAAAUAUAUAUAUUCAGACCGAACUUCUCAGUGGAGGAAGGCGUCUGUUUUUAAACCAGAGAACACUAAAAUGUUAAAUCUUUUUAAGUCGUCACUGUGAAAUCACCUGAUUUUGCCUUACAGGAGUACUCUACUGUUCUACUUAAGUGUCUAAUGUGACAACGUAUUUUCGUAACUUAUUGUAACAUUUUCUUGGAUCUGAGGGGAACUUUUGGUCAGUGAUAUUUGUGGUUAUGUUGUGUAAGGUUUGACAAAUCAAUGUACUGUAUUUUGUAGCGGUACACUUUAUAGCCAAAUUGUUGAUGUUUUUUAAAGUGGGGCAACAAAAAAAAAAAGAAAAUUAAACAAAAAAAUAUGUCUACGGAGGGUUUAAAGUAUUUGAGAAGGAGUGCAAUUAUGGGGAGGCUUUUUGCUCCUUGGCAGGGAAGCUCUAACAAAAACUGACCUUUGACACUUGGGUCACCGAUUACAAAAGUACCAUUUAAAGUAUUUGAGGAAAGGAAGUAUAUUUAACAGUAUAAAUACCUCCAAAUGGUUGUUUUCAUAAGAUGCAAUCUUCCGAUGUCAGAGUCUAUGAAUAUAAAGAUAUUUUCUAUUGUAGAAUUCACGUCCAUGUAGUAAACUGGAUCAAGUGCAUCAAGGGCACAUAAAGUUUCUGUCUAAGAAAGAGUAUUUAUAUACUAAGUAUUGUAUGCAAUCCUUCUGCAGCACCAAGAUCUGUUCCAUUCAGUCUGAAAAUAUUCACAAUAACAAUCAGGGAUGUAGUCGAGUCUACGCCGUCGUUUACACCACCUCUUCAACUCUAAAGUGUUUACGCAGCAUCAUCCUUAAUGGCAUUCAUGACACGGUCCCUUUUUGCCAAAAAUGUGUGGAACCUCAAACCUGACAUCAGUAACAGUAACUUCACACCUGGUGCCAAUCAAGUCCGCCUCGGCCUUUUGUCAGAGUUUCCCUGAGAGUCAUGUGUAGGUCUGUGGGAUCAUAUUUGGUAUGUUGUAAUGUUUGUGUACAGAUGUUUUUACUCACCUGAAGCGCUGAUGGGAAGAGUGCCCAAACUCCCCCUUCACCCCCAGCAAAGGAAUCACGUUUGGUUUACCUCUGCAGUUGUUUCAGUUCAAGUGUUUCUUGUCUGCUGUAAAAACUUCCAUCCACGGUUUUGUUUGCCUUCAACAGAGUUGUGAUUCCUAUGCAAAUGAGACAAACAAAAUGACCCUUAAAGGAAAAAUCCACCUCUGAUGUUUUAUUAUUUAAUGCGGCCCUCGAGUUAAGCUGGAUUUAUUCUUCGUCUGUUGAAGAGCGGCAGGUUUCUCCUCAGACAUGGGAGCUACAGGAGGAAAUGUCAUCACUCAGCCCAGGCUGCUUUUAUGUUCCUUUAAAUUAAGAUUUUCAUCAAAAGUAGACAUUUUUUGGCAAACUGUCUGCCAUUACUGCUCAGUAAUACGAACAGCAAAACAUCUGAAACAUGAUUUUUUUAUUUCAUUGUUUUAGGUGCAGACAAGAUACAGAAUCUGAACUUCCAGGUUUUAACAGCUCCAUGUAUUACAAAGUAAAUGAUGCAACCAAUGCCCAGCUCAGUUCAAAAUUAGAGUUUUGAGAUUAAGCUACAUCUCAGCGUUGUAGCUCUGCUUUAGAAAACAUAACUAGACUACAUUAUUAUACAAGUGCAGGACGCAAUUGAGUGUUGCAGUGGUGCUAUGACAAUCAAUGAGUGAAACUGUACCCUGAAAAAUAAAUUUAUUUAUUUGGCAGAGAGGCAUAAAUCCAGCUUCACUUGAAAGAAUUCAGAACUCUUUUAGAAAAUAUAUCGGCACCUGUUGAAUACAGGUGCAAAAAUUGCUGCUCUGGAAGGAAACAUUUUCUCUCUAAAUGUAAAGGAACUGAUGUCAAACCUGACUGACGGAGAAAAAUAAACCACUGAAAAAGGCUCCUGGAAUGCAAACUGAUUUUUAUUUUCUCUCGCUAACAUUGGAUUUUUCCUUUAAGCCUCUGGAACAAAUGUGUAGAAGUCAUUCUCUGCAGAUUACAUGUGUCCAAAGGUUUUUAUACCUAAAGAAAAAAAAAACGGAUAAGUUCAAACUUCACUGUUGUGUUGCGGAUAACGCCAGUGAUUUGAGCUUUCCCGUUACCUCCCUCCUUUCAUCCUGCUGAAUACUAGUCGUUCACACUGACCUUGUACAUAUGCUAUAGCUGAGACUAAGUGCAUGCCUAAACUGACAGUCCAAACCUCUAAAUGAAGGCCUUCUAUAGCUCCGCAGGUUUGAUUUGUGUAACAUAACGCUACCACAAAGUCUAAAGGGAUGCAUGUAUGGGUUUCUCCUGUGCGACAGUGAACUCCUGUUAAGUGACUCCGUUACCUCCAUCUCUGUACAAUGCUACUUCACGAAUGAUAAAAGAAUGUAUUUUCUGUGUCCUAGUUUUAGCCCGUUGCCAAAUGAUCCGAUGUUUGGAGUCUCUGGUCCCGUCACAGUCGGACCAGUCUUCUUCUUCUCCUCUCUGCUCUUCAGUCUCCCUCCGAGGAUUCAGACUGUUGCUCGUUCCUCUCUUCCUACUGUAGCAUCUCUCUGCAUACAAACAGUCGAUCCGGCCCCCAAUCUUUUCCGUCAGCACAACUUUUUUGGCUCUGUCUCGAGAAAAUGGAAGCAGGUUCUGUCUCGCAAAGGUUGCAGAUUGGCACGUGCACUGAUCGUUUGCAUAUGUGGACUCGAAUCUUCUGAAGCUUGUGCGUUACGCAGUCAGCUGCAUGACAUGAUAGACACGUUGACAGAUCCCCAUGUUCUGUACAGGACUUUGAUCUCGCUAUGCUGAAGUGGAGUGUGUUUUAAGACAUCAGAUAUGAUUGUUUUUUUUUGUUGUUGCUGCCUAUCAUGUCAGGUUCUGGACUGGGUAAAGUGUUGUUUUUUUGUAGUUUUUAUCUCUGUUUUUGUGCAAUGUUUAGUCCACUGUAGUUGCUUGGCACUUUAUUUGUGACUUCCUGGCUUUUUGAGCAAGGACUGUUCUGCCCGAUGUGAAUGCUGACUGUUUCACACCAGAUGUAUACUCCAAGAGAUAUUUUCAUGUCAAAGAAAAGAUGAAUUCUCUAUUUUCCUUUGUAAACUAUAUUUUGGCUUGUCUUGUUUUUAUCUGUGAAGAUUUUAGGGGAUGCAAAACUAGAAAGGGCUUACUCCAGUGCAGCUUGCGCUCUUGUGUUGGAAAGGAACGGCGCUCCGAAUGUAUUUCUUUGUUGGUCAUUUCCCUCCCCUACAUGAAAAUCACAUCAAGUUUCAGCGAGUUCAGUCAGCAACACUGAUCGGCCUUAUUAGUUAGUCGCAACCUGAAAAAUACUCAAGUGAAGCAGUUUGUAUCUUAACUUUUACUGCCACUAAUGGUUUGUAUUUGACUUGCAUUGAAACUCGCUGGUCUACAUCACUGGUGUGCUUUCCUAAAGUUAGAAAUGGAUGAAUAGCUUGACAAGGGUAUUAGAUGCCUUCUCCAUUGUCCCAGGUUUGCUACAAGCUACUGUAACACUGGUUAAAGCCUUGACUUUAAGUUAGGCAGCUAAUACACCUUUGAUUAAAGUGAGGAGGUUGGCCAAAAGGCAGUUAUGAGAGUGAAAAAGUAAAUGUUGUUCAUCAGAAUUGCGUCCCAAAAUGUGCCGAGUCUGAGACUAAACACCAAGAUGUGGAAAGCAAACUUUUCCGCAUAAGCUGGAGGUCCAUUUUUCAACCACAAGAUGCACAGAUCAUCUGACAAUAUGUUUUCUACGUCUUGUAAACAAUCUCACUCAUCUGCUAGAGUCAGUCUGAGACGCCACUUACUUACUUUAUAGCACGGCUGAGUUGUGCUAAACGGCAAUGAAUUACAUUGUCUCAAGCUGAGAAGGCAGACGAGUGAAGCUCACCCAGGAGUCCUGUGUUUAAAGGUGUUUCCUCAGUCCCAGAAUAGCAGGAAAGAGUUGCUACUUCGUCUGUACUGCUUGUUCCCAGAGUGUUUUUGGUCUGAUUAAUGUCCCUUUAAUAACACAGGGUUUUCUAAAUGACUACACUCCAUUGAAACAUGUAAAAGGCUCUGGAAAAACAGUUUAAGUUCCACUUAAAGCUUAUAGUGAGAAUAGCAUUAUAUCACUGUUGUCCUGUAAGUUGUAGUAAAAGAUCUGUAGUUAUUUAUUUGUUGCCAUGUGAUUCUCCUUAUGUGACCAUUUGUUUAUAAGAUGAAAGAAAAAUGUCAAUUAAAUUGAAUGUGGAAGACAGA